AUGGGUAAUUUAAAUGCUCAACAAGAAUUUGAAAUAAAUACACUGAUUGACAAAUAUAAAUCGAGUUUUGCGAAGGAUAAAUACGACAUUGGAACAGUAAGAGACUAUGAAGCACAUAUCGACCUCCUAACGGACAAAUACUGUAGUAAAAGGCCCUAUAGAUGUUCAAUGGAGGACAAAAAAGAGAUAGAAGAACAGGUGGCAAAAUUACUUCAAAAAAAUCUUAUAGAAGAAUCAUACAGCCCGUUUGCAGCACCUGUAACUUUAGCUUUUAAGAAAGAAGAUAAUAAAAGAAACAGAUUAUGUAUUGAUUUCAGAGAUCUCAACAAAAUAGUAACACCACAAGCUCAACCAUUCCCGUUAAUUGAAGACUUGGUAAUAAAAACAAGAAACUGCAAGUACUUCUCAACAUUAGAUAUUAACUCUGCAUUUUGGUCCAUCCCACUGCGAAUUGAAGACAGAAAAAAAACAGCUUUUGUUACACAAGAAGGCCACUUUCAAUGGACGUGUCUACCCUUCGGCUUGAAAACCUCUCCCGCAAUAUUUCAAAGAAUCCUGAGCAACAUACUAAGAAAACAUCAAUUAACUGAUUUUACAGUUAAUUAUAUAGAUGAUAUCCUGGUGUUCUCAAAGUCUUAUAAUGAACAUAUAAACCAUUUAUCACAAUUACUGGAAGCAAUAAAACAAGAAGGAUUUCGACUAAAAUUUACAAAAUGUACGUUUGCGUCGAAUUCUGUAAAAUAUCUUGGACACAUAAUAGAAAAUAAUACAGUUCGACCAGUCAGAGAUAAUUUAAUUUCAAUAAGAGAAUUCCCUACGCCAAAAACUCUGAAAAAUGUCAGACAAUUUUUGGGGAAAAUUAAUUUCUACCAUGAAUACAUACCCAAGAGCACAAUUAUAUUAGAGCCCCUAUAUAAUUUACUGAGGAAAAAUCAAAAAUUCAUUUGGUCAACGGACUGUAAAAAUUCAUUUGAAGAAAUAAAAGAUUUACUUUGCUCACAACCCAUCUUGGAAAUUUAUGAUCAAAACUUGCCAGUAAAUAUAUACACAGAUGCAUCAUUGGAAGGUAUUGGAGCAGUGCUAAAACAAAUUCAGCCAGACGGAAAAGAAAAGCCAGUAGCCUAUUUUUCAAGAAAAUUAAAUGAAUCCCAAAAGAAGAAGAAAGCAAUAUACUUAGAAUGUCUGGCUAUUAAAGAAGCAGUACGAUAUUGGCAAUAUUGGUUAAUAGGGAAACCAUUCACAGUAUAUUCAGAUCACAAACCGUUGGAGAACAUGAAUGUUAAAUCUAGACCUGAUGAAGAAUUGGGAGAACUAGUGUAUUAUUUAUCGCAGUAUGACUUUCAGAUAAAAUAUGCUCCAGGUAGAGAAAAUUUGGAAGCAGAUUGCUUAAGCAGAAACCCGGCACUGAAUGAAAAUGAAGAUAUUGAUGAACAAUUAAAAAUAGUAAAUUUGGUAAAAUUAGAAGAUGUCAUCACAGAUCAAGAGAAAAAUAAAGAUAUACAUGAUAACAAGAAUAAUUUGACAUACAAAAACAACAUAUUUUAUAAAAAAGUAAAAAAACAUUAA